AUGAGCGACGACAAGACAUCUACGAUGCGGAUGUUGACGGAGGAGAACUGGAACUCCUGGCGUACCGCGUUCAAGGGCCGCAUGCUGAGCAAGAAGCUCAAGCACGUGUAUGACGCCGGCAUCAAACUCGCAGCAAAGUAUGACCUGGCAAAGGCCAACGACGACCCCGAACCACCGAAGUCGACACGACACACGACUGAGGCACCCAAGUACACAUCAGAGGAAGACGCGUACGCAUUGGGAAUACUCCUUACUUGCUGUUCCGAGUCGCAACAGCAAUACGUGGCCGACAUGGACACAUACGUCGAGGCCUGGCGCGCGUUAGCCGAACACCACGAGCCGAAAACGCGAGUCGACCGCUUGGCCACCCUAUCUGAAUACUUCAACAUGAAGUGGAACACCAAACAAGAAACCUUACCGCAGUUCUUGGAACGCUACGAAAUUGUCCUUCGAAAGCUGCGCGCAAGUGGAGACGCCAUCCACGACUCCAUGGUGGUCGACAGGCUCCUCGACAUGAUGCCCUGGCAAAUGAGAGCCGUCACACACCAAGUACACUCAAUGCCACGCACCCAAAGCAACAACUUGGCCACCGUCCGAGUCGUACUCGAAGCUGAAUACAAAGCCGCACUGCGAUCCGGAGCCUUGACUAAUCCCAAGGGCGCCAACAACGACGAACGCGCGCUCAACGCCGAGGUCAAGCCAGGCAAGUGCAACUGCUGGAAGGCCCAAAGCAAGCAACAAGAACCCUAA